AUGGCGCAGUCCUCUGGGAAGAUCACUCUGUACGAGGGCAAGCUCACGGGGCGGGAGCUGGAGGUCUUUGGGGACUGUGACAACUUCCAGGGCCGGGGCUUGAUGAACUGGGUGAAGUCCAUCCGUGUGGAGGGCGGAGCCUGGGUCUGCUUCCACCACCCUGACUUCCAGAGUUCAGGAAGCCAGCAGUUCAUCCUGCAGCAUGGCGACUACCCCGACUUCUUCCGCUGGAAUGGCCACAAGGACCACAUGGGCUCCUGUCGGCCUGUGGGAAUGCAUGGGCAUUUCUGCCUAGCAAUCUUCGAGGGCUGCAGUUUCGCUGGCCAGUGCUUGCAGUUCGAGGACGACUGUCCCUUCCUUCAGAGUCAGGGCUGGGCCAAGAACUGUGUCAACGCCAUCAAGGUGUAUGGGGACGGAGCGUGGGUCCUGGGCGAGGAGCCCAACGACCAUGGCCGCAUGUCCCUGGUGGAGCGGGGGCACUUCUGCAGCUUCUCCUCCUGGGCGGCCCACAGCGCACAUCCAGUCCCUCUGCAGGCUUGUCAGCUUGCUAGGCCAGAGCCAGGAGAGGCCCAGGAGAGGGCCAGGUCCUUCCUGCCCCUGAGACUGGGGACCAUGGAGAAUAAACGUCAUCAAAGUGGAGAGAGCCGGCCUGAGUGA